AUGCUUCAAUUACAGAGUGACAACUUGUUGAUCAAGAAGACAUUGACAGAAUUGAUCGAAUCUCCAACUUCAGUUGAUAGAAUUGUAUCUGAUUUUGAUUAUACAACGUAUCAUCUUUCAACACCUGAAAACAAGACAAAAUUAUUAUUAUCAAUAGGAACAAAAUCAUGGAAAGAUUUGGAUAAAUAUGAUGUUGUUGGUAAAUUGAAUGCUAUAUAUGGUCAAUUCCAAACCGAUACUGUGGAACCAGGUUAUAAUUAUUCAAUUUAUUUAGAUCUCGAAGAAAUUGCUACAAAAUCUCAAGAUGAACAAUUUGAAAUUAUUGAAUCACUUUCAUUAUUGAAGAGAAAUGCUCUUGCUGCACCUUUUGAAAGUGCAUUAGAACAAUAUGAAAAAUUAAAUGCUGAAUAUCAAGAAACUGGAAUUGAACCAAGCUCAAAUAAUUCAUCAAUUAUUGAAAUUAAUUAUAGAGAUGAAGAAUCAAUUUAUAUAAAAUCUUCAUUUGAUAGAGUUACAGUUAUAUUUUCCACAAUUUUUAAAGAUGAAACUGAUAAAAUCUUUGGUAAAGUUUUUUUACAAGAAUUUGUUGAUGCAAGAAAAAGAGCUGUUCAAAAUGCUCCACAAGUUUUAUAUUCACAUAAAGAACCACCAUUAGAAAUUAGAGAUUUAAUAAAAUUUAGUCCAAAUGAACAAAAAGGUUAUGUUACAUUUGUCUUAUUCCCAAGACAUUUAGUACCACAAAAAAAAUAUAAUACAAUUUCUCAUAUUCAAUUAUUUAGAAAUUAUUUCCAUUAUCAUAUUAAAUGUUCAAAAGCUUAUAUGCAUUCAAGAAUGAGAUUUAGAGUUAAUCAAUAUUUGAAAGUGUUAAACAGAGCUAAACCAGAAAAUGAAGAAACUGUUGAAAGAAAAACCGCAACUGGUAGACGUUUCCUUGAAAGAUAA